UAAAAGGACGCCCAAAAAUAAUGGCGGUUGCGUUGUGAUUGAUUGGAGUAGGGAGAGAGAAAGGAAAAGAGGAGGGUAAAGCUAUAGUAGUAGCAUGGCCACCAAGUUAGAAGUAGAGUAGUAGUAGUAGUAUAGCUUGAACAUGACCAUGACCACAAUCCGUAACCAUAAAAAUAAAGCACAAACACAACCACUGCUACUUCCCAUUUUUUCAUUACCGGAAAUGAAACGAGCCUAACGCUGACUCUCCAUUUUCUACUCCUCACCCAACCUUCUUACCUCUCUGUCUAUCACUCUUCCCUUAAGCUCUUUCUCUUCUUGGAUUCGCCGCUCUUUUUCUGAGAUCUACGUCUUUUCGGCUUCUUCCUUUCUUCCCCUUCAUCCCUCUCGUUGCUCUUUCAGAUUGUUGCUAAAUUUGGCACUCAGACCACACGUGCGUUUCCCAGAGACUCUGUUCUGUGUAAUGAGGACUUAUGUUCAGGAUUGCAACCUGGGGUGUUCGGGGUUGAAGAGAACCGGAAUCGAAUGAGACGUAAAACAAUCGUCUUUGGUUGUCACUCUGGUUUUGGUUGAGUGUGUAAGGGUGGUAAUCUUGUGGGUAAUUACUGGAUUUUGUUGGGUUUUAAGAGGUGUUAUAAACUGGGACAAAGAUCACUCAGAAUGUUAUUCUGCAGUGGGAAGGAAGGAGGAGAGGACAAGGCUUGGUUUGUGGUGGAAGUUGUUAUUUUGUGAGAAUUCUGUUGCCUAAUUGGUAGUGUUGUGAUUGUGGACUCAAUUUUGAAUUUACUGAUUUGCCUGAGACUUUUUUAGCUCAAAUGAGACUUUCUUCAGCCGGUUUUAGUCCUCCUCCCCAGGAAGGGGAAAGGCGAGUUCUAGAUUCAGAACUUUGGCAUGCAUGUGCUGGUCCCCUUGUCUCUUUACCAGCAGUUGGUAGCCGCGUGGUAUACUUUCCACAAGGUCACAGUGAACAAGUGGCUGUGUCGACCAACAAGGAAGUGGAUGCUCAUAUCCCAAACUACCCAAGCUUGCCUCCUCAACUCAUUUGUCAACUUCAUAACAUGACUAUGCAUGCUGAUGCAGAGACUGACGAAGUGUAUGCUCAGAUGACCUUGCAACCUCUGAAUCCUCAAGAGCAAAAGGAGGCAUACCUUCCAGCGGAAUUGGGCACUCCUAGUAAACAGCCCACAAACUAUUUCUGCAAAACUUUGACUGCAAGUGACACAAGCACCCAUGGGGGAUUCUCUGUACCACGCCGUGCAGCUGAAAAAGUGUUCCCUGCAUUGGAUUUUUCUCAGCAGCCUCCUGCUCAAGAAUUAAUUGCAAGGGAUUUGCAUGGUAAUGAAUGGAAAUUCAGACAUAUCUUCCGCGGCCAGCCCAAAAGGCAUCUACUUACAACUGGGUGGAGUGUCUUUGUGAGUGCUAAAAGACUUGUUGCUGGUGAUUCUGUGCUGUUUAUCUGGAAUGAAAAGAACCAGCUUCUACUUGGGAUCCGUCGUGCUAAUAGACCACAAACUGUGAUGCCUUCAUCAGUGUUGUCUAGUGAUAGCAUGCACUUGGGGCUUCUUGCUGCAGCAGCUCAUGCAGCUGCAACAAAUAGUCGGUUCACCAUUUUCUAUAAUCCACGUGCUAGCCCAUCAGAAUUUGUCAUACCCUUAGCGAAAUAUGUUAAAGCUGUGUAUCAUACUCGAGUUUCAGUUGGUAUGAGGUUCAGGAUGCUGUUUGAAACUGAGGAAUCAAGUGUACGACGAUACAUGGGUACAAUAACUGGCAUUAGUGACCUGGAUUCUGCCAGGUGGCCAAACUCACACUGGCGCUCAGUUAAGGUUGGUUGGGAUGAAUCUACUGCUGGAGAGAGACAACCUAGAGUGUCUCUAUGGGAAAUUGAGCCAUUAACUACGUUUCCUAUGUAUCCAUCUCCAUUCCCCCUUAGGCUUAAACGACAAUGGCCUCCUGGACUUCCUUCAUUCCAUGGCAUGAAGGAUGAUGAUUUUGGCCUGAAUUCAUCUCUCUUGUGGCUCCGAGAUGGUGAUAGGGGGCUUCAGUCUCCUACUUUUCAGGGAAUUGGUGUUAAUCCUUGGAUGCAGCCUAGAUUUGAUCCCUCCAUGUUGAAUAUGCAAACAGAUAUGUAUCAAGCUGCUGCUGCUGUUCAGGAGAUGAGGGCUUUGGAUCCUUCCAAACAGCAUUCUGCUUCCAUACUUCAAUUUCAACAUCAACAACAGCAGAAUUUCCCAAACAGGACAGCUGCUUUUGUGCAGGCCCAGAUGUCGCAGCAGCCACAACAUCAGCAGAUUUUUGGAAAUAAUCAAGAGAAUCAACAUUCACCACAAUCUCAGCUGCAAACUCAGGCUCAUCUUCAGCAACAUUUACAACAUCAGCACUCAUUCAAUAGUCAGCAUCAUCAUCAGCACCAGCAACAACUACGACAGACACAGCAGCAACAACAACAGCAACAAGUAGUAGAUAAUCAGCAAAUUUCAAGUGCAGUUUCUUCAAUGUCUCAGUUUGUUUCAGCUCCUCCACCUCAAUCACCACCUAUGCAAGCUAUCUCUUCCUUGUGCCAACAGCAAAAUUUUUCUGAUUCGAAUGGGAACUCUGGGCCUACUAUUGUUUCUCCCCUUCACAGUAUCUUGGGUUCAUUUCCACAGGAUGAAACAGCUCACCUACUGAACCUUCCCAGAACAAGCUCUUGGAUUCCUGUUCAAAAUUCAACUGGGUGGCCUUCAAAGCGUGUUGCGGUGGAUCCUCUUCUUUCUGCUGGAGUCUCUCAGUGUGUUCUACCUCAGGUGGAGCAGCUAGGGCAGCCCCAGAGUACUGUGUCUCAAAAUGCUAUUACUUUACCCCCUUUUCCUGGUAGGGAGUGCUCCAUAGACCAAGAAGGGAGCAAUGAUCCUCAAAAUCAUCUCUUAUUUGGUGUUAAUAUAGAUUCAUCAUCCCUUCUCAUGCCUAAUGGAAUGUCAACCCUUAAGGGGGUUAGCAGCAACAAUGACUCCUCAACCAUGCCAUAUCAAUCUUCUAAUUAUCUGACUACCGCCACAGGGACUGAUUCUUCAUUGAAUCAUGGAAUAACGCCCAGUAUUGGCGGUGAAUCAGGUUACCUGCAGAGUCCAGAAAAUGCUGGACAAGGAAACCCGCUGAACAAAACCUUUGUGAAGGUUUAUAAGUCAGGGUCCUUUGGAAGGUCACUGGAUAUCACUAAAUUCAGCAGCUACCAUGAGCUGCGAAGUGAACUUGCACAAAUGUUUGGCCUUGAAGGCGAGUUGGAGGACCCUGUGAGAUCAGGCUGGCAGCUUGUAUUUGUAGACCGAGAGAACGAUGUUCUUCUCCUCGGUGAUGGCCCCUGGCCGGAAUUCGUAAAUAGUGUAUGGUGCAUAAAGAUACUUUCUCCUCAGGAAGUGCAGCAAAUGGGGAACUCCGGCCUUGAGCUCUUGAACUCGGUUCCAAUUCAAAGGCUCUCUAAUGGCAUCUGUGAUGACUAUGUGAGCCGUCAAGACCCAAGAAAUUUAAGCACUGGAAUAACAGCUGUGGGGUCUUUAGACUACUGAAAUCAUGUGACUGUUAAUAGUCUGCACUUCUUCUAUCAAAUGUAAUAUUAUUACCCUUACUUCUCAACCCUUGUACGGUGAGAAGCAGUUGCUUAAAUGUAGUUUAUAUAGCCUACAGCCUUUGGAUUUUGUUUUCCUGUUUUUUCUGCUAGGACCAUUCAUAAACUAAUACUUUAACUAUAUGGCAUCUAGUCAUUGUGCUAGCUACAAUAUAUACGAUACUUAAUCCGUUAGGAAAUCAA